AUGAAGUAUUCAAUCGCUGUCGCCGCCCUUCUUGCAGGCUCGGCUGUUGCUGCACCAGCAGCAAAACUCAACGCUAAGCAAAGACUUGCUCAACGUAAUAAGAACGCCGCUAGCUCUAAUGAAGAUUACAACGUGAGUUGGGCUGGUGCCGUUCUUACUGGUGCUGCUUACACCGGUGUUUCCGCUUCUUUUCCCAUCCCUAAACCAGCGGUCGGUACCACUGGAGAGACCUCCGCUUCCGAUUUCACGGCUUCUACCUGGAUCGGUAUUGAUGGAUACAACUGCAACAACCUCUGGCAAGCAGGUGUUGAUUCUACGAUUGAGAAGUCUACUGGUGCAGUCUCAUACUAUGCUUGGUAUGAGUGGUACCCUGCCGAUACUCAAGUCAUUGAUUUGGGCACUCUCACAGCUGAAGACGUUAUAUCCGUAAACCUCACCACCACCAGCUUCAACAAAGGAACUAUCGUUAUGGAGAACAAAUCUACCGGCACAUCCUUCACUAAGAUUGUCUCCUCUACCAAUACCCUCUGCGGUGUCAGUGCUGAAUGGAUAAUGGAGGACUUGAGCAUUGAUUCUAGCUCCAUCGGUCUCGCGAAUUAUGGAAGCGUGGUCUUCUCUGACGCAGUCGCUACUACCGCAUCCAAAACUGUCACCCCAUCUGGCUCGGAGAUCUUGGAUAUUGAGACCAGCUCCAAUGCUAUCUUGACUAAGACUAGUGUUACUGAUAACUCGGUGACUAUUGCUUAUGUUUAG